GAGCAACCGUCACUCCUACGAUAAGUAUCUUUAUUUCUUUCACCUGGUUCCACUAAGUUAUACGUCUGACGCGCCCUUGUGGCCCUCACGACGCGUUUAAGGCAUUUCUAGUCCCCGCCAUGUCCAUUCAUUUUGCUUUUGUGACUCUCGUAACUUCGGAUUCCUAUCUCCCAGGUGCACUCGCCAUUUCGGGUGCUUUAAAGGAUGUGCACCAGACUGAACCUCAUGAGGUCAAAUACGACACAGUGUGCAUAGUCACACCAGAAACCCUUGAUAUCACUACUAUCAAGCUGCUCAGAAAGACAUACGAUAUUGUCAUUGGUGUUGAGGUUAUAGGCCAGUCCGAUCCUACUGGACUAAAUUUAAUGGGACGCCCAGACCUUGAUACGGUCCUGACCAAAUUACACGUAUUCCGCCUCACGCAGUAUUCCAAGGUAAUAUUCCUUGAUGCGGAUGUUCUCCCAUUGCGCCCCCUGUCCCACCUAUUUCACCUUGACCACGAGUUCUCUGCGGUGCCUGACGUAGGAUGGUCCGAUAUAUUCAACUCGGGUGUGAUGGUACUCUCUCCUAGUGAAGAUAAAUUCACGGAGCUUCAAGAGCUUCUGAAAACGAAUGGAAGUUGGGACGGUGGCGAUCAAGGUAUUUUAAAUGAGUGGAGGGGAGGCGACUGGAAUAGGCUUAGCUUCACAUACAACACGACUCCUACUGCUGCUUAUACGUAUGCUCCUGCGUAUGAGCGGUUCGGUUCCCAGAUAUCGGCGGUCCAUUUCAUCGGACCUAAUAAGCCCUGGCACUCCAUUCCUUAUCGUGCCCCAGGAUCCUCCACCCAAGUACCAUCAUCUCAGAUGGAACAGCAGUCUGCAGUGUCAGAGCCAGUAAAGCAACCUCAACAAGCCUACGACUAUGGUUCGCUCGUCGAUCGGUGGUAUAGUGUUUACGACAAGCACUAUCGAUCAAAACCCAUCUCACCGGAUCUCGAGGUUCCUGUCAGUAAAUAUGUUUCUGCAUGGGAAGAUGAGGAGAAUUCCCGUGCAGCGGUAGAGUCUGCGGGAGCACCAGGUGGUGGUCCACUUGGUCUCGACGUCUUACGUCGUUUGGCCCUUCAGGGCAUGAGCGUAAUGGGCUUCUGGUCUGGUGAUCGAUCGAAAGGAGAGGGCGAGUACAGGAGCAUGCCCCUUGAGGGGCGUUUGGAUCUUAUGAGACCACGCCCCGCAAAGCAGAUGAAACCUGAGGAUCAUGAUUUUCACCAGACUACCCCUGAGCCUCCUGAUUCAAAUCUCAACGAGGUAGUCGUCGAACCCACAACACCUGUUCAACAGAUAGGCUCACUAUCAUUGGAUUCACCUGUAAGAUGGACUACGUUGCCAACUCCGAAUGGCGAUGAGGUGCCUCCUGCGCCACAAUCGCGCCUGUUAUCUCUCCCUCCGACACCUCUCCACUUUGUCCCCUCGCCCUCCAAGCUAGUUGUGCGCUUGAAUCAACCAAAGUCGCCCCUUUCGUUGCAAGAACGAAGGAUCGAGCGAUUGCGCGCUACUUCCCCACCCCUUCUCUCAUGGAAUGCUGCGAUCGAAGCGCCGCCAAAAACCAUAUCUACUCCCUCCGCACCCCCAAGAGACACCUAUUUCCCGAAUGUCUGGGACGAUUCUCCCUGCGGAAACAAAGGUCCUGGAUCAUCAUCAAGGUCGUCCUCGAGCAUGUCGUCUGAGACAGAUGCAACGAGUACGGAAGUUAUCUCGGUUCAGGGAGACCCAUCGCCCCAAACACUCUUCAGCCCACCACCUGUACCUGAGAUUCCUCAGAUGCUACUUCAGCUGGGGCACUACCGCAAUGUCACUGGGCCUACUACUGAUGGUGGCACUACGCCGCCUACCCCUGACCGCACCAAGGUCAAGCGUGUCUUCCCUUGGGAGGAGCGCCUUCGUGUUACUCCUACACGUGUAUUCCCAGAGGGCGAGCCCCGCCCACAAGGGUCGAUGUUCUUUCAGUCCCCGCCUCGUCCCGCGCUUCCAUCUACUCCUGAGCGCAAGUUGAGCAGGGAGUUUGGAGCGCAGCCAAUGCCUUCGCCAUUAGCAGGUUUCCCAUCAUUGACAUCUGGGAACAUGUGGGAUGCCGUUCCUGGCAUCCAAAAGUUUGGUUCGAAACUUGCACGCCCUCCAGGGCCCACUCCCUUAGCAACCGCAUUCGAAAACCCAAAGAGACCCUGGGAGGAGAAGUCAGAAGCUAGCAGUCACGAUGGUGAUGUAGAGGAUGAGAUGGACUCCGAUGAGGACGAAGGCAGGCGAACAGUGACAGAGACGGACGCGAAGGAAAUGUGCACUCAGAGUGUGCAGGUUUCUUCGGAAGAGGACUCACGCACGCAUAGCGGAUCUAUGAAGAAGCAUUGGCACCCUUCAUCAAGCCUCAGGGUGUUGCCGCCCGUGAUGAAUGUUGCCGCGGGUGCUGAACAAACCGGCUUGAUGUCCCCUGCUGUUUCGCAGGUGUCAACGCCGCGAUCUUCCGUUUCUUCAGCUAUGAUGGGUUCUCGGGAGACCCUUUUACCUCCGCAGACGUCGGGACAGCCUGGCGAAAUGACGCCGAGAGCAGAAAGGAGUGCGACUCCGAGUCCACUGUCGUCCCCUUCUCAACUGUCUUCCAGUGAAUCCCCGACUUCAUCGUCUCUAGGUCCUGCAUCACCAGCGGAAGGGCGGUCUCCUAGUACUCCCUCUCGAACAUCUCGUGUCUGGGAUCCUGCUCGAGGAGUGGAACUCUUCAAACGUGGCUCAGAAGAGGUACUUGCUCGGUUCCUGAAGAUCAGCUCACGAGAGGAUCCCACACGUCGGAUUUAACGAGUUCUGAGUAUUACGUAUCUGUUACGAGCUUCACUUUCCAUGUCUUAUUGAUUGCAGACAGAAUCUCUCUUUUCUUGUUCAUUCCUCCUGUACGAUUAUGUGAAGUGCAUUUGCAUGUAUAUACCCGCAACCUACUCUCGCAACGAACUUUGUUUUUUCCUUUCUCUCUUCAUUAUGGUUAUUCUUGCCACCUUAUAUUCACAUUUAGCACUCGCAACCCAAAGUGCGACGAGAGUUCAAAUUUCAUUUACUAUACUCUUAGACGGAAUUCACUGCACAAUCUCAAAGAGUCACAUAAGCCAGUAGCGAUAACCUU